CUGCGAAUCAAUUACAGUCAAUCAUUCCUCCCAUUCCCGCCAUGCACAGCCAUACUGUGCAGCCGAACGGCUGGGUAGCAUUGCGGCUCCCCAGUGAUAAUGUCCGAGUCCUCCAAGUAACACCAAAUACCACAAUAUCGCUGGGCAAAUACGGCGCAUUCCCGAGCAACCUCAUUAUCGAGCGACCAUUUCACCUUACCUACGAAAUCCAGGACAAGCGCGACGGCGAGAGCUUCUCGAGGCUACGGGUCGUGCCCGGUACGGAGCUCAAUGCCGACGUCCUGGCCGAGACGAAGGCGGAAGAGGCCGCGGCGAACGGCGAGGACGUGAUUGUCCCUGCUGAGGGCGAGGAGCUGGCGCUGGUGGAUGAGAGUGGCACCGUAGUCGCUCGGUCAAAUCGCGAAAUCAUCGACGACUCUGCGCGACAAACACUCACGCCUUCCGAGAUCGAAGAGCUGAAGCGGAAUGGCACGGCUGCCGGCAAGGAGCUGAUUGCAAAACUCAUGCUUUCGCACACGGCGCUCGACCAAAAGACGUCCUAUUCUCUGUCAAAGUACAAGCUGCUCAAGGAGAGAAAGUUUCUGCGGCGCUUCACCGUCCUGCCGCUAGACGUCCCGAUGCUGGCGUAUUGGAUGCUGGAGGACAAGGAUGCGACCAAGAUCAUGGAGCUGCGACAGGAGACGAUGGCUCUGGUAGGAUGCUGGGCCGACGUACAUUUCGGCGGCUCGUCGAUCGAAGGGGUGAAAGAACCCCAUGGUGGACGGUGGCUGGCCAUUGACGACACCGGGGGCCUGCUAGUCGCAUCCAUGGCGGAACGAAUGGGCAUUCUCUACCCACAAGCCCAAGAUGAGUCGGGAGGGCACGACGAUGCGCUACUGGCGGAGCCUACCCAGGCCUCAGCAGCACAGGUGGAUGGCAAGGGUGAGGGGGAGCCAGUGACUGCGUCCUCAUCUCCCAAAGCGCCUCGGAAUCACCGCAAGCGGCCGCGGCGCGAUGACCUCGAAGACCACUACGCCCUCACCAACACCAUUACCCUCAUCCAUUCCAACUCGCAACCCAACCUCUCCCUCCUUCGGUACUUUGAUUACGACGCCAGCGACCCCAGCCCGACAUAUCCCCACCACCCACUCUUCACACAUCUGCUCCCGGUAUCCUGGCUGCAGCUGGUCAAGCCAGAAGAGGAUGGUGCGUACUCGGACAAGCCGGCCGAGGUUACACCAGAGGAGCUUGCCUCGUGGAAAACGAACCGCCGAGGAAAUUACCACCGCAAGCGCCGGAGGUGGGCACGUACGCGACAAGUAGUCGAUACCGCCCGUGCUGGUGGAUUUUCCGGCCUCGCAGUGGCUAGCACCAUGGACCCGAUCUCAAUCCUGCGCCAUGUGCUACCCCUUCUCGCCGGCGGGAGCCCGAUUGCCAUAUUCUCACCAUCUAUUGAACCGCUCGCCCAGCUGGCAGACUGCUUCAGCAUCGCGCGCCGCGCGGCUUGGAUCCAGUCUCCGCCCGCAGGAACAGAGGGAAAGUCUGUCACCGAGCUGGACACAUGGGAGGGCAGCGCCGAGUAUCCUAUCAACCCGACACUUGUUCUAGGCGCGAGCGUGCAGACAAGCAGGGCGAGGAGGUGGCAGGUUCUUCCAGGGAGGACACACCCGACGAUGACUGCCAGGGGCGGCGCCGAGGGCUACGUGUUUACGGGAUGGAGGGCGCUGCCGGCAGAAGGAAGGAUCUCGGCACGGGGCAAAUUCCAAAAGAAGAGAGCCGAGUGAUCGUGACACGACAGACCAAGGUUUGGGAUACAGCUGCAUCAGAAAACGCGUAUAGAGCCAUCGUAAGGAGAUACCCCUGGGUAGACGAUUCUUCUCGGGAAGACAGGUCUAAUUCAAGUUCCAAC